AAAAAGCCUAUAACAUGGUACACAAUCUUCUUUUCGAGAUCAGUUGAAGUCGGCACAGCAGCGCUACAAUACAGAAAACAAUGAAGAUUCUCUGUUGUGUAACCCUUUUGGUCAUAUGCGCAUGUGCGUUUGGAUUGCCCCAGAUAACAAGCAUCUUGUGGGCGAAUAAGUAUCCUCCUGGUUAUGGCCCAGUAGUCACCGGGAUAAAGGCAGUCAUCGCCCUCACUCCAUGCACCCUCGAGCGAACUCCCACAUCCUUAAGCUUCAGCUCUAGUUACGAAUGCUCCGAGAGAUGCUCCGGCCAUUGUGCUAGCUGCAACUCCACCUGUAUCUUUGGCAACCGAUGCGUCUGCGGAGCUGGUAUCUACUGCACAUGGAAUCCUGAUUCAUCUCAGCAUAAGCCAGGAACUUUGAUCCCAAAAGUAUGCGAGCCCAUUGAGAAUUUCAUCGAACGCGUUUAAGGUACACCCUUAUCUAUAUCAUAUAUUAAGUAAAAUUGAAUGCGUAUAAAAUGUAAGACUAUUGAAAAAUAAAAUCCAAGUGGGCAAUAGUACAUAUA